AUGUCUGAAAUAAUAUUGAAUAUUACUUGACGCUUACAUAAUAGUGAAAUGAGUAAAAUGAGCAGUGACAAACAAUGACGUCAAUGUAUGGUGGUAGGGUAGGUGGACAUAGGACAGGAAGAACAAGAAAGAACUCACUCAGUGUCAAAAUGUACGUUUUAGUGGGUGAACAUGGAGUCAAAACAAUACGCGUAUUGCGUGCAGUUAAUACUUGAUCGAGUAAAUAAUAUAUUAAAAAUAGAAAAAGAAAAAGACAGAUAUGAAGAGGAGAGAUAGAUAUCGCUAGAAGCGAUAUAUUAUAUUAUUAUUAGUAUAGGAAACAUCAGUUCUCUUCGUUCGAUUAAUAAGUUUCAAACGAAAUGCGCAAAUCUCUUUGAUGAUUAUAUCACGUAAUUGUUCAUUUUUAUAACCGUCAACAAUUUCAGCAAAUCCAGAAACUAUCGAAAUCACUAGAUUUAGUGAUACAUUUGCCAACACGGCAACCUUGGUCAUGUCAUAACCGACAAAUUUCGAAAAACGUAAACUUUAGACAAUUAAAUCAUAUAAAGAUGGCUUGUGAAGCAUGCAAAACAAAAUUUAAUUUAUUUAAACGAAGAAAACAAUGUACAGGCUGUCUAAGGUAUUUUUGCUCCGAGUGCCUCAUAAAGCGUAUUGACAAAACAUUUAAUUGUGAAAAUUGUGGUAUGUUAGCUAGAAGACCGCUUAUUCGUAGUCAGAUUAUGCAAAUGCGCUCUAGAGAUCUACGCCAAUAUCUUAUUGCAAAAAAAGUAUCUAUCAAAGGAUGUGUAGAAAAAGAAGACUUGGUAAAUUUAUUAUUGAUAUAUGCAAAUGGUUCAGCAGAUAAUUUAAUAGAUGAAAAGAAACCUACAAUAAGGCCAAGUACACUAACAGAAGAACUACCUCAAACAAGUUCUACAAGUAGUACAUUACCUGAGACACCAAUACAAUUAGAAAAUCAUACAAAUGCAAUGAAUGAGGAAAGAAACAUAGAGUUUGAAUCAGAAUACGUAACAGUUAAUAACAUAGAGAUAGAAGAAAUAUCGGCAGGUGAUUGUAGUCCAGAUAGUGGACCAGAGCCUUUAGUUACUGAACAAGAUGAAGAUUCAGAAACAUUAGAUAUAAAACAAUCGGCUAUGUUAACAGAAAUUCCUGUGUGGUCAGGUCUUGUCAAGCUAUCAGAUAUAAAUGAAUUAUCACAAUUGGAACACUUAAGUGUGAAACAAUUAAAAACUCUUUUAAUAACAAAUCGUGUUGACUUUAAAGGUUGUGUUGAAAGGUGUGAAUUGUUGGACAGAGCAUCUAGAUUAUGGGAGGAACAUAAUCAAGCAAGGGCAGACAUAGAUAACAUGGAUAAAGAAGAUAUUUGUAAAAUUUGCUGGGAUGCGCCUAUAGAAUGUGUUAUUUUAGAAUGUGGUCAUAUGGCCUGUUGUAUUAAUUGUGGAAAACGAAUGUCCGAAUGUCCUAUAUGUAAACAGUAUGUUGUUCGAGUCGUGCGAUUUUUUAAAGCUUAAUGAAGGGAGUAAUUGUAAUAAUUGAACUUAUGGCAUUUAGAUUUUUGGAUAAAAAAAAAAGUAAAUAGAAAAAAUAUCUAGAAUUAAUCUAUUUACUUUACAAGUAAUUCAUUAAAGAAGAAUCGAAAUAGAAUUUUAAAUACUGAAGUCCCUUCAUUGAACAAAGAUAACUGAAGAGGAAAAAUCAAGAUUGUUACAUUGAUAUAUGCUUUCGAAAAAUGAAUAUUUUUAAAUCUAUUUCUGCAUAUUCUUAAAAAAUAUUACAUUAAAAACAGUAUUGAUUUGACGAUUGAACGUUCUGUUUCUAUAAAUGAGUAUUUGUAACAACUAUUUCAUAUAUAUUAAAGAUACAAUUAUUAUAUAACUGCAAAUAUUAAAAACAAGCGCGGAUUCUAUAUUAUUGGAAAGUAUAUUUAGUAAUCAUUAUAUAUCAUUAAAAAAAAUUAUAUUGCAUUAUAUAUAUAUAUAUUAUUAAAUCUUUAUAAAAGUUAGAUCUCAAUGACUGUAAGAACGUUUGUUGAAAAAAGCUGUGAUAUUCUCAUAUUAUCACAAGUAGAUAGCAAUGUAUAGAUUAAUUGUACAAAGUAUAUUCUUUAAAUAUUAGGUACUAUAUGUACCAAAUUGGACAAUGUGAUAUAUAACAUUUCCAGAAAAGGAAAUUAUCAUCACUUAUUAGCUCUAAAUAUAUAUACAAAAUAUUUUGUUUAUUUGCUUUAUAUUUAGAAAUACAGAUAAUUUUUUAUGUCUUUUAAUAAUCAUAUUUUUCAAACGUGAUAAGAAUUUUUUAUCAUUAACACAAUAAAUGAAUGUUUUUUUGCAUAAAGCAUAUUACUUGACCCUACAUAAAAAAUAAUGUAUAUAUUAAUUAAUAGAGAAAAAUAGAUUUGAAAAUGUGCUAUGUCAAAAUAUCUGUAAAUA